AUGAAGACCUUCUCCGUCGUCGCCCUCGCGCUGGCCACCAUGGCCUCCGCCCAGAGCCUGGCUGACAUCCCCAGCUGCGCCCAGACCUGCAUCAAGGACGCCGUCAAGCAGGCCACCUCCUGCGACGUCGCUGACGUCGCCUGCGUGUGCGCCGAGAUGGACAAGGUCCAGAGCGCUGCCGUCGGCUGCAUCCUCGCCGGCUGCGGCCAGGACAAGGCCAUCAACGAGGUCCUGCCCGCCGCCAAGAAGCUCUGCGCCAACGCCCCUACCAACACCUCGGGUGCGUCCAAGCCUACCAAGAAGCCCAGCGGCACGGCCACGGCCAGCGCUACCGCCACGGUCCCCACGCAGGGCCCGUCGACGACGUCGUCCACCACUCCUCCCACCGUCACCGCCGGCGCCGCUGCCUUCGCCCCCGUCGGUGGCCUGGCUGCCCUCGUCGCCGUCCUGGCCCUGUAA